AUCCUUACAUGAUGGAUUUAAGAUUGAGGGUCGAUAAGAAAGCGAAAUUCUCUUAGCAGCCACGUGUCACUCUCAAACCGAUCGUUGCCUCUCUUCAGGACUUGGCGCCGUUCUUUGGGUUAUCACUCUCAACUUCUCAUGGCGGCGGAAACAAAGAUGGUGAAGGACGGUGUUCCCAACUACAGCGAGAACGACGACGAAGAGAACUUCUCAGAAGAUGGAGACUGGGGAGAUUGGGAAGCAGCUGAUAAGGACGACGACGACUUCGAAUCUGAUUUCGUUUGUUUGUUCUGCGAUUCACUCUUCGAGCACUGUCGUCUGAGCCACGGGUUCGAUUUUCAUGGAGUUAGAAAGGAACUGAAGCUGGACUUCUACGCUUCGUUUAAGCUCAUCAACUAUAUUCGCUCGCAGGUGGCUGAGAACAAAUGCUGGAGCUGGGAAGCUUUGCGGAAGUGUCAUCCCGAAGCCAAAGAUGUGAACUUUCCUUGGGAUGAAGAGAAGUAUCUGAAGCCCUUCUUGCAGGAGGAUUCGCUUUUGUACAGCUUUGCAGAUGACGAGGAGGAGGAAGAUGAAGAAGAGGCGUUAGACAGAGAGGAUUUGAUUGAGGAUUUGCGGAAACUUGGGGAUUUAAGCAUUGUUGAUGAUGAAGCUAUAGGGGAGAGCUCAGUGUCAAACAAUGACAAAUGCAAGGAUGUUAGUCUUAUCUCAAACUGCGAUGACCUGAAACAAAGUUCUGCUUAUGGUUUGGUAGUCAAUAGGAAGGGUAAAGAACCAAGAGUUUGUGAUGCGAGGCUAGUUGGUAGGAGCAUCAGGAAGGUGAAUGAGAAUUAUUUUGGAUCUUAUAAUUCGUUCGGCAUUCACAGGGAGAUGAUAAGUGAUAAGGUUAGAACAGACGCUUACAGGGAUGCACUUUUGAAGAAUUCUAGUCUCAUGUCUGGCUCUGUUGUAAUGGAUGUUGGUUGUGGAACUGGAAUAUUGAGGUUGAUAAGAAACAGAUUUUACAUGAAAAAUAUCGAGAAGGGAUCUCAAGAACUUACAGUCGAUUCUAUUGGCUUUUGGAGAAAUUUGAGAAGGACAAAAAGAUGGUAAACACAAAGGGCCCGGUUCUGGGCUAAAGCCCAUGAAGCAUGGACUUUGGAAGUCAGAGAACAUACUAAUAUAAAGGGCGCCAAAUUUUCCAGUUAGUCUGGUUUAGUCUGAUGGUUUGUGUACUUUGUUGGACCCAAUUUUGGCCAGUACAUAAAUAGGCUGCGAUCAAAGAUAUGGGCCGCGAGGAAUUAAAGCCCAUAGCAAGCAAUCGAGCCCGAAACGAAGACUUCGAGGCCCCGGAGAUCGCGGAACAAGAGACGAAGAUCGCGGAGCAGUUACGAAGGUCACGAGGUCGACUUACUAUAAAGGAAGGAGAACGGACAUGAAGAAGCACACGUUGAAAACCCUAGAGUGAGCUACACACAUACAUCGACAUUG